CCACUUCCUCAAAAAGCAGAAACAUAUCAUCUCACCCAACAAAUAUAAAUAUAUAUAUAUAAACCCCAUGCAUGCAUCUAUUCAUGCUUGUCUCAGAGCCUUAAUAAGAGCCUCACACUCAUCCUUAAGUACACAAAAUCUUUAAACAAUCGCCGCGGAUAUAUAAUUUGUUGAGCUUUACAUAAAACAGUUGUGAAGAAUGACUGUUUCGUACCUGGCCCAGGUUUGCGUUCUCGGAGCAACCCUCGUUGCGGUGGCUGCUUCGGCUAACUUUGUCACCGAUGUCGACAUAACAUGGGGCGACAGCAGGGCCAAGAUACUCGACAACGGUCAACUCCUGGAGCUCACCAUGGAUGAGGCUUCGGGGUCGGGUUUCCAAUCCAAGAAUGAGUACUUGUUCGGUAGGCUCGACAUGCCGAUCAAGCUCGUGCCUGGGAAUUCGGCCGGGACCGUCACCACCUUUUAUCUAUCAUCGCAAGGGCCAACGCAUGAUGAGAUCGACUUUGAGUUUCUUGGGAACAUCAGCGGAGAGCCAUACGUACUUCACACCAAUGUGUAUGCGGAAGGGAAGGGCGACAGGGAGCAGCAGUUCUAUCUAUGGUUUGAUCCCAGGGUGUCCUUCCACAACUACUCUAUCCUCUGGAACCCCCACCAGAUAGUCUUCUACGUGGAUGCUACACCGAUCAGAGCUUUUAGGAACAGCGAGAAGAUGGGAGUGGCCUACCCUAAGAACCAGCCGAUGCGCCUCUACUCCAGCUUGUGGGAUGGAGACGACUGGGCCACCAGGGGUGGGCUCGUGAAGACUGAUUGGAGUCAAGCUCCUUUCGUGGCGUCGUACAAGAGCUUCAGCGCAGACGCGUGCGUGUCGACGGGCGGAACGUCGUUGUGCCCGGCUUCUAAAGGGACAUGGUGGGACCAGGAGCUCAAUGCCAGUGAGGAACAGAGACUCGAGUGGGUUAGGAGUAACUACAUGAUCUAUAACUACUGCGAGGAUGCAAAACGCUUUCCACAAGGGUUGCCUCCUGAGUGCACUUUAGAACAGUAAAUAUAUAUAUAUAUAUGGACCACAAGUGCGUGCUUUAAUUCCCUUGUAUUUCACGAGAGUGAAAAUAAUAAGAAUAAAAUAAACUGGAUCAUCAAGCUGCAGUAAGAUAAGAAAAGUUGUCACGCAGUAUUUACCUACAAGCUUUAUUUCAAUAAAAUGUGCAGAAAUAAGUAUCUAAUAAUUCUUUA